AUGUCAAAGUCUAAUUCUAGUGGUAAAGUUAGUGGGAAUUCUUUAAAAGCUUUAGACAAGAAAAUUGCCAAGAGAAGACAAGUUUACAGACCUAUUCUAGACAAUCCUUAUACUAAUGAAGGGAAACUAUGGCCUAUCGUAGAGGAUCAACAUAUUGUAUGGGAAUUAUUGCAAUCUACUAUUCUUUCUAAAUGUAAAAAUUUAACAAUUGAUGAUGAAUGGCCAUGGGAUAUAUCCUAUUCAUUUAAUGAUAUAGUUUCAAUCUUAAGUGGAACCGAUGAAAGUAAUAGCCCUGUUCUAUUAUUUGUUUGUAAUAAAGAUGCUGGAGUUCCCUCUGUCCUAUUACAGCAAGUACCCUUAUUAUGCUAUACUUCAAAGGUCAAAGUUACACUAGUCCAAUUACCAAGAAAUUCUUUACAGGUUAUAUUGGAUUCCUUGCCAAUCGAUAAUUUCGAUGGCAUGUUAUUACUUAAAUGUAACUCAAAAAUUAAUUCAAAUUUCACAGAUUUGAUUCUUUCAAAAGUAGCGCCUUUGAACUUCCCAUGGUUAGACAAUUUGAAAUAUGAACCUUCAAAUAUAAAAUAUUUAAAUACUUCGAUGCCUAUCGUUUCAAAAAAUGAUAACAAGAACAAGAACAAGAAGAAGAAAGACGAAAAGACGUCAAACAAAAGUAAUUGA